AUGCGACCAUGUCACCAUGGGCCUCUCUCUCUUUCCUCUACUGUAACAGCGAUGGGACCAAGACAUAUGCCGAUCGAAGAAGGGCAGUUCAUUUCUCUAUGGAUGGAAUCUUUACUCUUCGGCAUCAACACCAUUCUGUUUAUAAUAUGUUUACACAUUCUCCUAGUGUCUCCAGAGCGCUCAAGGCGUAAGGUCAUUCUGGCCACGGCUACUGCAAUGUACACGCUAUGCGCUGCACACGUCGUGGUCAGUUUCAUUCGCGGUAUCACUGCGUUCUUUGGCUCUAAACAGGGCGCUUUGGCUUACUACGGUCAAGCUUGGGUUUGGAGUAAUGUGACCAAGCAGGCUCUGCAUACCACCAACAUCAUAAUUGCGGAUUCUCUUCUGAUCUACCGAUUGUAUAUUAUCUGGGAACGCGCAUAUUGGAUUGUUGUGCUUCCAAUCCUCCUCCUCAUUGGUUCCUCGGCAUCCAGCUACACGGCCACUUAUAUAUUGGCAUGUAUGCCGCCUGGUCAGAGCGCAUUUGAUACCAGCGUUCCCGACUUUUGUAUGAUGGGUUAUGCCUUUUCCUUUGCUACCAAUAUUAUUGUCACAAGUCUCAUAGCUGGACGUAUUUGGUGGAACGCUCGCCAGGUUUCCAAUCUCCUUGGAAUUUCUCAUGGACCGCUGAGGUUCUACAUCCGAGCAAUAACCUUAAUCGUCGAGUCGGGUGCUAUAUUCUCAGCCUCCGUCUUGAUCCUCGUCGUGUGCUACUCUUUGAAUCUUGAUGCACAGACUGUGUUUAUAUCCGAUUCUAUUGCCCAAAUUACGGGGAUAGCGCCAACCUUGAUUAUCGUUCGAGCUGGCAUGGGUUAUUCUGUGAACUCUGAUCAAACAAAUGAGUGUUUUACCUCGAUACGAUUUGUGAGGAAUGGUACAACGGAUACUUUAUGA